UCCAGAAGUUUCUGGGGCCGGGCGGGCGGGGGCUCGCCUUAUAUAGGUGCGGGAGCGGGGCGGCGGGGAGUGGACUGGCCGGCGGCUCGCGCUCUGCCCGGUCUCGGCGCUCUCCCGGCGGCCCAGCCCUCCCUCACAGGUCCUCCGUGGUGCGCCCGCUACCUCCCAGCCAUGCGCUGCCUGCUGCUCCUCGGCACCUGCUGCCUCCUGGCCUUGGCCGCUGAGGUGAAGAAGCCGGCCGCGGCCGCAGCGCCUGGCACCUUGGAGAAGCUCAGCCCCAAGGCCACGUCGCUGGCUGAGCGCAGCUCCGGCCUGGCCUUCAGCCUCUACCAGGCCAUGGCCAAGGACCAGGCGGUGGAGAACAUCCUGCUGUCGCCCGUGGUGGUGGCCUCCUCGCUGGGGCUGGUGUCACUCGGCGGCAAGGCGGCCACGGCAUCGCAGGCCAAGGCGGUGCUGAGCGCCGAGCAGCUGCGCGACGAGGAGGUGCACAGCGGGCUGGGCGAGCUGCUGCGCACGUUCAGCAACAGCACGGCGCGCAACGUCACCUGGAAGCUGGGCAGCCGCCUGUACGGGCCCAGCUCCGUGAGCUUCGCCGAGGACUUCGUGCGCAGCAGCAAGCAGCACUACAACUGCGAGCACUCCAAGAUCAACUUCCGCGACAAGCGCAGCGCCCUGCAGUCCAUCAAUGAGUGGGCGGCGCAGACCACCGAGGGCAAGCUGCCUGAGGUGACCAAGGAUGUGGAGCGCACCGAUGGCGCUCUGCUGGUCAAUGCCAUGUUCUUCAAGCCUCACUGGGAUGAGAAAUUCCACCACAAGAUGGUGGACAACCGAGGCUUCAUGGUGACCCGUUCCUACACCGUGGGCGUGACCAUGAUGCACCGGACGGGCCUCUACAACUACUAUGACGACGAGAACGAAAAGCUGCAGAUUGUGGAGAUGCCCCUGGCACACAAGCUCUCCAGCCUCAUCAUCGUCAUGCCCCACCACGUGGAGCCCCUCGAGCGUCUGGAGAAGCUGCUGACCCAGGAGCAGCUGAAGACCUGGCUUGGGAAGCUGAAGAAGAGGGCGGUGGCCAUCUCCCUGCCCAAGGGGGUGGUGGAGGUGACCCACGACCUGCAGAAACACCUGGCGGGGCUGGGCUUGACUGAAGCCAUUGACAAGAAUAAGGCUGACCUGUCGCGCAUGUCGGGCAAGAAGGACCUGUACCUGGCCAGCGUCUUCCAUGCCACCGCCUUCGAGUGGGACACGGAGGGCAACCCCUUUGACCAGGACAUCUACGGGCGAGAGGAGCUGCGCAGCCCAAAGCUCUUCUACGCCGACCACCCCUUCAUCUUCCUGGUCCGAGACACCCAGAGCGGCUCCCUGCUCUUCAUUGGGCGCCUGGUCCGGCCCAAGGGGGACAAGAUGCGAGACGAGUUGUAGGGCCUCGGGGUGGCCGCGGGAUGGCAGGGGGCAGUGAAGGCUCCUGAGACACAUGGGUGCUACGGGGGUGGGGGGUGGGGGCCGAGGCCACCGUGUUGGAUAUGCCAUGGGGUGGGGGAGGGGGGCAACCUGCAGGCUUCGGUGCGUCCAGGCAGCCUUGCUGGCCAGAGUCCCGGCCACACUGCCCGGACACGGGCUUCCCGAGAACUCGGCCCACGCUCACAGCCGGUGAGACCUGGACCGCUGUGGGGUGAGGCCUGCCUCAGUGUCAUGUCUGAGCACGCCCGUUCUCCUGAGACCCCGCCCAGCCCGUGGAAGGGGGCCCCUGACCCCACUGCAGUCCCCCACAGCGACCCCAGACUUCCAGCCUCUCACCCACAGAACUAGGUGCUGUGGCCAGGCCCAGGCACCCCCCCACAGUGACUCUGGAAUCAGAAACUAACUCAUGCGGGGGUGGGGGCGGGGAGGGCGACUCUGGCCAAAAAUCAUUGUAUCCAGUAUCCAAGGGACGAACUUUACCCCCUUUUUAUGGGUUUUCAGACAUUGAGUGGGAAGGACAGGGAAAAGGGAGCUUGUUGCUGUCGGCCAAGAACUUAUUUGUACGAUGUGUUUUUCAAUAAAAUGUUUCCAGUGAAACACCUGGGAGCCGGGA